GCCUUUUGUGAGUAGGUAUUCGUUUUCGCGGUUCUGCUUGUCUCGACUCUCGACACCGACUAACUGUUCUUCCCACGGCAGAAUCGAGUUGUGUAUUAUCAUCAUCGUAACAUCAGCGACCAGAACUAACAGAACAUACAGCACACCGCUCUUUCGCAAUAAAACACACCAAAAAUUCUGAAGGUUUUCCCGGCUCUCACUUGCAGUGCAUUCGAGUUUUCUUAAGUUGGUCAUGUUGCUAAAAGUGUGAACGUUGGGAAACAAGUGCAUUCGGCGCGGUCCUCCGACUUGGGCAGUGAAUUUGCAAUCGCUGGGUUUUUCGGGAUUCGUGCGAAUACUACGCGGAUUUCGGUGAAUUCGGAAUUACUAGGUAAUUAAAGGAGUGUUACCACAGAACCGGAAGUCGAUUUACGAUUGUCCCAGAGCGUAGAACGGAAGAAACUCGAGUGAUUUCACCCCACCCAACGUUGCCCGCAAUUUGAACGAAAGCUCCCCAUUUUGGGAAAAUUUGCUACCCCAAACCCCUCUCUCCUGAUCUGUACCCAAACAACGAAAACCUCCGGAAAGUAUCAGAAGUUCCCGUUCGGAAAUUUGUGCUGUGCAAAGCCCGGAAAGUGUUACCGUCAUUUCCUGUCGGAAGAGGGAAAUUCUAGCAUUCAGAAAAGAAGAAAAAAAAGGAAAACACGAGAGAGAGCGGCGUUGAGCCCAGCCCUGUUUUCCCAUAAUCAUCAGUCAUUCCGGCAGCCAUCAGCGGCAGAAGCAGCCCCAAAGACAGACAUACUCAUCGCAUGCAAUUAUCGGACAAGGUUUCAAAAGUCGCAGCAUUUCAUAAAACCGUACAACGUUUUUGAAACGUUACCACAAAGCAAUAAGGGACUAGGACGUUCUGUUUUUUACAAGGUGCAGUAGAAACGGAUUUAGCACGAUUCAGCGCUACGGCUCCGGCGAAAUAAUUGUAGGUUAUAAUAAUCAUCAUUAAUCUAAUCUAAAAAAAGUUUGACUGUCGUCGCUGUAAACCAUCAUCGUAAAGCAAAACAUCGCAUUUGACAUCCAGAAUCAAAACAAAUGCAAAAAGGAAUUUCAAAUUAGCAAAUUUUGACGUAGUUUUCGAAGGUAACUGUCGAAACAGAGUUUGAAACUUGUAAUCUUACAACUUUUAACGUUCCUUGUUUCCCGUUCGCAGCUCAUAACUCAUAGAAUAACAGCAUUUUGGACGUAAAACAUUCGAAUACAUACUUUCAUCGUAAUUAGUAGAAAUUACUUUCUCGCAUAAAUUGUCAAUCGAGCGUACGAUUUUUUGUAAGAAGUCAAAAUCAAAUAACAAUCUCUAGGCAAAUAUUUAACCCGAAAUUAGUCAAAUUUAAAACGCAACCAAAUUUCUUCAUAGAGGAAGCAAAAAUAAUCAGAAUCAGUACUUCUAAAGGUUAGACUUUUUACACUCACGAGAAAAUAAAUAACACGCACAUACCAAUUAGUAAAAAACAAGACAAAGCGAACCAAGAAGACUACAGGAAUAAAAGCAACCGAAUCAUCGCGCGUUAGAUCUUCCUUGAACUCUCCCCCGUGAGAAACUCCGAAACGACGACAACAACAAGUAGCGCAAAGGUGUGUAAACAGCAACAACAGGGAUUACUAACGAGAAAACAGGAGAAGGAAACAGGAAAACAUAAGCAUCAACUACGAACUUACUACCCUUACCUAAGGAAAACCCCAUCAUUGUGUGCGAAUUAGCAAAAAAUAUCGAAGCCGGAAGACGAGCGUGGCAACGGAAUCAACGGAAACGUGUAAAUUCUAGUGAAAUACCAGUUAUAAUUGCUAUUAGAAAAAGUUUUCUACUAAUCGGACACCGAUCGGAUAAUCAAAAUUUGUUACAACACACCCCCCUCAUACAAAACGUACUACCCAGGAAAGAAGUACUGAGAGCCAAAGCUAUUUCUCAGGGCGAAGAAGGACGAAAAAUCUAUUCAAAAUUCCACUCAUACUAGAAAACCCCAUGUCCUCAGCCAGUAUGGAUGAGUUCUCUCUAGCGUUUGAUGAUAACCGACAGAGUGCGGCAACGGCAGCCACGUUGCUUCCCCCGGGCACUACAACCCUGGCCCAGUUAUCGUCCCACUUUGAAGAUCUCCAACUGAACAGUCCGGGCAGCGGAGGGGGCGGUGGUGGUCCCCUGAACCUGGCCAGCACUGAGAACCAUUCCUCCUCCGGUGGCAACGUGGCCGCCGUCGACGAACUGAUUCAGCAAAACUCCAAAGUGUUCGAUACGUUCGUAGCGAUGAUCAACGGAUUGGCGCCCAAGGUCGAAGAGCGGCCAGUCAAAUACAAGUCGCACACAGAGUGCGUCCCGGUGCCCUCGUCCGAGCACGUGGCCGAAAUCGUCGGCCGACAGGGCUGCAAGAUCAAAGCACUGAGAGCCAAGACCAACACAUUCAUCAAAACGCCGAUUCGGGGCGAAGAACCGAUUUUUGUGAUCACCGGAACGAAGGAGGACGUAACGAGAGCGAAGCAGGAAAUCCUAUCCGCAGCAGAUCACUUCAGCACCCUGCGGUCAUCGAAGAAACAGGCCAUGGCACUGCUGGCCGAAAGUCGGAACAUGCUAGGGUACAGCACACCGGACGAGAUCACGAUCCAGAUCCGGGUACCGCAGAAGGUGGUCGGCUUGGUAGUGGGACCCAAGGGAGCAACCAUCAAGAACAUUCAGCUCAAGACCAACACGUACAUUAUUACGCCGAAACGGAACCAGGAGUCGGUAUUCGAGAUCACGGGACUGCCCACGAACGUCCACACGGCGCGACAACUGAUCGAGGAACACAUUGCAACCCGGGCCGGAACGUCGGCCACCAGCAGCUCCAGUGCGAGUUCGAGCAGCUCAAGCAGUUCCAGUUCGAGCAGUUCGAGUAGUAGCAGUUCCAGCAGCGGGGGCAGCAGCACUGCCAACACUUCCCCCCAGAGCUCCCUGACCAACGGACAUCACGAUUUGCUGCAGCAGCAUGGUGUCAAUGGGGCCGGUGUCAACGGUCUGCAUGGUCUGCAUGGACUACAAGGUCAUCAGGACUUCGACACGAACCAGUUCAUCAUCGACAACCUGCUGGAGUACUUCAACAACAUGAGCACGGCGUACAACUCGCCGACAAACGGCGGGGCACCCACCCUGAACGGCCUGGUCAAUCACCAUCACCUAACGGCGGCAGGCCUGGACACCAACGGCGGCAGGGGGGUCACCAGCGGGCACUGCGGCCUCGGUGCCGGCCUUGGCAGCGGAAACGGCGGCAUCAACGGGGGCAGCCUUGGCGCCAUCGAAAGCGUACCGGACUUCCGGAACAUCUGGGAGAACCUGAGCGAAAGUCAGGGCUCCGGCGCCGGUACCGACACGGACAAUUCGUCCCUCAUCUGGACCCUGCCCUCGUCGUCGCGCAACUCCGUGUCCUACUCGCCGGACGAUUUCAUCUUUCAGCGAUAAGACGGCAUGCGGUUUUGCUAGGCUAUUUUUUCUGGUUAACUUUUAAAGCUUCUACUAUUGAUAUGAUCGGAUUUAUUUUUUACGCGCUCUAUUCGGUAGUGAACUUCACGAGUAUGUUUUUUUAUAUUUGAUUAUUUAGUUGUAUUUCUGCGAUUUAUUAUCUACUUUUACGAAUGAUGUCUCUUGGUGGUUCGAUUAAGGCAACGUGCGAGGAGAAUCCUGAGGCAGGAUCAGAAGAUAGAGAAAAGAAGAGAGGAAAGCGAAAACGAAGGUAGGAGACUGAAGAUAAUGUACAGAAGAGAGGUUUUUAACAAUCAUAUAACUAAAGAUGCAAGCUAUUAUUAUAUACGUUAUGUAUGCUUUGGAAGCAAAGAAACGAGAGAAAUAUGAUUGAACAACAACGGAUGGAAAUCA